AUGACGCCUACUUUUCCUCUCUCUUCCCUCGCCCCCUUUCCCACUUUCAUUUCUUUAGCUUUUUUUUCUUUUUCUUUCCUUUCCUUUACUCUGUGUGGCCUUUCUUGUGACGGUUUCAACGCAGUUCAAUCGCUGCUCCGUCAAGAACAGCUGCCUUACACGGCUGUCGCCAUCUCUAAUCGCACUUCGAUUUGGUAG